AACCUCCAGUAUGUACCUGUCUGCGGAUCUCUACUACUGUCUACUCUCAGCACAGACUGUGGAGCUGCAAAUACAAACCAGUCUGCGUCUUCUCUUCCUGAUAACGUAAAAGAUCUAGGCUAUUUAGUGUCAGUAGAUAGUCUGAGUGGUUCACACACUGCAGGAUGACGGCAUUCAUGACUCACUCCCGGACUCUCAGAGUAGACUAUAACUACACUACAAGCGUUGUAUGCGUGGUCGGCUCGGAACUGAAUGUCAACCUGAACAGGAGUGCCCCUCCCAGCUCCAAGUUCUUCUCUGUGAAGUGCACCCACAAAAUUCAGUACAACAUCAGCCCGCCGCCUAAGGAGACAUCCCACCUCUCUCCCAUCCCUCUCAGUGGAAACGCAGUGCUGCUCAUCCGCAUGAGCAAGGCCAGUGAACAUGAAAAUGAUAGCAAGCUGUCUUUCCGGUACUAUGAUGAGAAUAAAGAAGUGUUGGGGAGAGCCGUGCUGCACUUGACGGCUAUUGAGAUCUCUCUGGAUGUGGAUGCUGACAGAGAUGGUGUUGUGGAGGAAAACAACCCUAAUAAGGGAUCCUGGAAAUGGGGUCCUAAUGGUCACGGAGCCAUCCUACUGGUCAACUGUGACUCAGAGCGGUCCUACUGGAAGAUACUAGAUAAGGAUCAGGACACCGUCACCAAAGUAUCAGAUCUGCAGGACAUGUCUGUCAUGAUAGUGCGGACCAGAGGCCCUGCCAAACUCCCAGAGGGUUACAAGCUCACCAUGCACAUCUCUCAGGGGGACGCAGAGAGUGUCAGAGUCUUCAGGUCCAGAUCCUCUGAAAGGAGGAAUAAUACACGGCCUAUAAAUCUCUUCUAUAACGUCUUCGUGAAGGACUACCCGCUGGUGCUGAGCAGCGAGGUCCUGUCCCAGGAGGUGCCUUACCUCGGAGGUAAAGGAGAGAUGAACUUCUACGUGGAGGGGCUCAGGUUUCCUGACAAAGACUUCAGUGGGCUCAUCAGCAUCAACCUCAGUCUGUUAGAGCCCAUCUCCACCGGUCUCCCUGAGACGCCUAUCUUCACAGACUCCAUUGUGUUCAGAGUGGCUCCGUGGAUCAUGACACCAAACACCCUCCAGCCUGCAGAGGUGUUUGUCUGCAGCACAUCUGAUAACUACCAGUUCCUUAAAGGAAUGAGGAACCUCGUUACAGAGAGCGGCUACAAGCUGAAGAUUUGCCACGAGUAUAUGAACAGAGGAGAUCGCUGGAUGCAGGAUGAGCUGGAGUUUGGCUACAUCGACUCACCUCAUCAACGAUUUCCUGUUGUUCUGGAUUCCCCUCGAGAUGGAGAACUCAAGGAUUUUCCAUAUAGUGAGCUACUGGGACCCAACUUCGGCUACGUGACGAGGGUGCCCGAGAAAGAACAUGUGAGCAGUCUGGACUCGUUCGGUAAUCUGGAGGUUAGUCCUCCCGUCACUGUGAAUGGAAAAGAGUACCCCCUGGGCAGGAUCAUCAUCGGAGUGGCCUUCCCCACGGCAACUAAAGGACGCAACAUGACCAAAGUAGUUCAAGACUUCCUGUGGGCUCAGAAGGUCCAGGAGCCCAUUGCCUUGUUCUCCGACUGGCUCUAUGUCGGCCACGUGGAUGAAUUCAUGACUUUUGUUCCUGCACCUGACCGAAAGGGCUUUCGGCUCCUGUUGGCCAGCCCAGACGCAGGCUACAAACUAUUCAGAGGCUUACAGAGCAAAGGACACGGACAAGCCAAACUGUUUGAUGGUCUGAAGGAUGAAAAACCAGAAACAGUGGACGAGAUACUUGAAGAUGAACGUCUCCAACAUGAAAAUAACUACGUACAGAGCUGCAUCGACUGGAACAGAGAUGUGCUGAAGAGAGAGCUGGGCCUGGAGGACGAGGACAUCAUAGACCUGCCGAUCCUCUUCAAGCUAGUAGUGGAGAAAAGGAAGGAGACUGAGUUCAGAGCACAGGCUUACUACCCCGACAUGGUGAACAUGAUCGUCUUGGGGAAGAACCUCGGCAUCCCGAAGCCCUUUGGCCCCAAGGUGAACGGACGCUGCACCCUGGAGGCGGAGAUGUGCUCCCUAAUGGAGGGCCUGGGCCUCAACUGCACGUUCAUCGACGACUUCGCCUCUUACCACAAGCUGCUAGGAGAGGUGCACUGCGGCUCCAACGUCCGCAGGGAGCCGUUCGACUUCAAGUGGUGGAACUUGGAGAUGUGAAACUGAACGGUGGAUGGGGAAGAUGGGUUAGAGAGGGUUUCAAGAUACUAGAUUGUUAAGAAAACAUUAGCACCUUGACCUAACUUUAGGUUGAAGGAGAGAUUUUCUUAAUUUUCUCAUCAAUCAUUUUGCAAUACUCACCACUUCCAAACUAAAUUCACAGUAACCAUCAGUCUAGGAAGAAUUACCCCAGAUGUUCCAUGAUCUAUUACGCGUCUUCAUCUUUAUUAAACAUUUUUGUUGGCUUUAUUUACGAAAAAAGGAUGUAAAGCAAUAUUUACAAACAUGUCUUUUGAACAAGGGCUUAAGCAGACAGUCGACAAUAAAACAAAAAUACAAUCAUUUGAAUCGAGCACAUAGAGGAUUCACUCCCAAUGUUGUUGUGGUUGGGACCGGUCGUCGGCGUACAGUGCAAGCACAGUUAUAGAUGAAUGGUACCACACAGUGAUGUGCUAUAAUAAUACAGAACCACAAGAGGGCGCACUUCACUUAGUCAAGCAUUUCCAAAAUCCAGAGGAGUAUCAUUUCAAAUCAUAUCUUUUAAAAAAAAAAGCUGUAAUACACAUAAUAUGUGUAAUUUUUACCAAAAAAUGCAUCUUUAUAGUUUUUCUAUGCCAUUUGUCUGUAGAGUUAAAUGUUGUGAUUUGUAGUUAUAAACAGCUUGAUGAUUACAGUGUACAGGCUGUUUUUGCAUUUGGUCCAGUGUCUUAAACCUUUUGUACUGUCACAAACUGUAAAUGCGGCCUUUAAUUCACAAUAAACCUCAUGUCCGCUUCA